ACAUAAACAAACAAACAAUUCUAAACUAAAUGCUCUGUUCUUUCCAGAAUAAACAGACUUACACAUACCACUAAUAUUAUUAUUUAAAACCAUUAUACAAUUAUCCAAUGAUUAAUUACAAAAUGAAGAAAUUAGUACUAACUUUUCAACUAUAAAAUCACACAGACCCUAUACUCAGUCCUCACAAAAUCACCACCACUCACAGCCCAUAUCUAGAGAGAGAAACUAGAGAGAGAGAGCAAGAAGAAUGGAGGGUAAGGAAGAAGAUGUGAGGCUUGGAGCCAACAAGUUCUCAGAGAGGCAGCCAAUUGGGACAUCAGCUCAAACAGACAAAGACUACAAGGAGCCACCACCAGCACCUCUGUUUGAGCCAGGGGAGUUGAGCUCAUGGUCCUUUUACAGGGCUGGAAUUGCUGAGUUCAUAGCCACUUUCUUGUUCUUGUACAUAUCUGUGUUGACUGUGAUGGGUGUGGUCAAAUCUCCAACAAAAUGUGGGACAGUGGGUAUUCAAGGGAUUGCUUGGGCUUUUGGUGGUAUGAUCUUUGCUCUUGUUUACUGCACUGCUGGUAUCUCAGGAGGACACAUUAACCCAGCCGUGACGUUCGGUCUGCUAUUAGCAAGAAAACUGUCAUUGACCAGGGCAGUGUUCUACAUGGUGAUGCAGUGCCUUGGAGCCAUCUGUGGUGCUGGUGUGGUCAAGGGUUUCAUGGGCAAGAACCAAUACACCGCCUUGGGUGGUGGAGCCAAUGUUGUAGCCCAUGGUUACACCAAAGGCGAUGGUCUUGGUGCCGAGAUUGUUGGCACUUUCGUGCUUGUUUACACCGUCUUUUCUGCCACUGAUGCCAAGAGAAGUGCCAGAGACUCCCAUGUCCCUAUUUUGGCUCCGCUCCCAAUUGGGUUUGCGGUUUUCUUGGUUCAUUUGGCCACCAUCCCCAUUACUGGAACUGGCAUCAACCCUGCAAGAAGUCUUGGAGCUGCGAUCAUCUACAACAAGGACCACGCUUGGGAUGACCACUGGGUCUUCUGGGUCGGUCCAUUCAUCGGAGCUGCACUUGCCGCUUUGUAUCACCAGAUUGUCAUCAGAGCCAUUCCCUUCAAGAGCAGAUCUUAAAUUCUUUUUAUUUCUUUGAUUUGCUUUUUCUAUGUCAAUUAUGGUUUGUUGUUCUUCAUUUAUAUGUUGGUUUUUGUGUUAUGUUUUUUGUUCUUUGUUAAUGAAUGUAUGUAAAUUAUCCUCCCCAUAAGAAAAAUGGGUUUCAUUUCUUUCUUGUAUGUUAUUAUCUUUUACAUGGAAGGAAAGAUCACCGUUUUGAAGAUGA